CUGUUAGCGACGACGCUUUGCAACACUGCACCGUCCACACUGUUUGACAUGUGGCAACACUUUUUUCGUGCGUUUGAUGUGUGCGUGCGCUUCCUAUUACAAUUUUUUCGAAGGAUUUUCCGUGUGUUUUGUUGACGUGAAGCGCGGCAGAAAGUGAAAAACGCCAUCAAACAGUGCCGUGCAACAGGGCGGGUCAUCGUUUGGCAUAAAUUGCAGUGUGUGCCCCGCGUGCGGACAGGCGUAAUUCGUAAAAAUGGCGAACGUAAGGGACAGCGACACAUCACUGUGGCUGCAUAAUAAACUGGGCACCUCGAACGACUCGUGGAUAAACGGCUCCAUCUGCUCGCAACUAAACAAGGAGGUGCUGCGAAACAUCAAGGAGUGCUUCCCCGAUCUGCAAACGCAGGUCAAGCUGAAGCUCCUGCUUAGCUUCCUUCACAUCCCGCGCCGUCUGGUGGAGGAGUGGAAAGCGGAACUCGAGGAGGUGAUCGAGGUGGCCGGCCUGGACUCGGAGCUAUGGGUUUCCAUGCUUGCGGAGACGAUGAAGACCUUUCCGGCGACCAGUUCGCUGAACACAGAGAUCUCCGAUUACGAGGAUACUCGUCCCAUCUUCAUAGACAUGGUCAACGACCUGCGCAAGUUGGUCACCAAGCACUCGGACCUGGGCAUGCUGCCUCUGGAGUGCCAGUACCUAAAUAAGAACGCACUGAUCUCAGUGGUGGGCCAGCAACCCGCUCUCGUCAAGCAUUUUACGCUGAAGCGCAAGCCGAAGAGCGCCCAGUUGCGUACCGAAUUGUUACACAAGUCCGCCGAUGCGCAGUCCUCGCUGAAGAAAGCCUCGGCGCCCACAAUUCCGCUGCGAUCGCGAGGCAUGCCCCGUAAGAUGACAGACACUACCCCGCUGAAGGGAAUUCCCUCGCGCAUGCCUACCACGGGAUUCCGAUCGGCCACCGUCCCGGGAAAUGCCGCCCAGCGCCCCAAUCUCAGUCGCACGCCUGCUGGACGCAAAGACGGCGGCAUAAAACUGAUCGAAUUCACCGAACAGCCUCUGGGUUAUGCGGCAGCUAAGAAGCGGAAGCGCGAGCAGCAACUGGAGGAGCAGCAGAAGAAGCAGGAGCAGAAACAGCAACAGGCGGCUGCAGCUGCAGCUGCGGCGGCCACAGCAGCGGCAAACAAUGCUGGUGACAGCUCGCCAACGGACGCGGCGACGGCCAGUGGAGGCGAAACACCCGUCACGCCCACGUCCGCUAACAAUAGCUUCGAAAUCAAAAUGGAACCGCAGCUACUAAACCAGAGCGCUGGAAGCCUGGAAGAGCCGCAAGACGACGAGAUGUCUGGCAAAGCGAAUAUGGAAUGCGAUAUCGAGACGCCGGAGUACGCUACAGCCACGCUGGACUUUGCCCAGGCCACCUCAACGUCCGUGGCGGAUGGUCAACCGGGAAAACCAUCAGUAGAAGCCAAGCUGAAGACGCCGCGAACUCCGAAAUCUGCAGCAAAAUUGAACAACAACAACAACAGCUUCAAUCACACCCCAAAACGAAUCAAGCAAGAAAUAGAGAUCAAGAGCGAGGAGAUCAUAGUACCCGCCAGUAUCAAGCUGGAAAAGAUCGAGACUUCACCGUCGACCCAACGCGUCAUUAUCCAGCAACAGCCGCCUAGUUUGGUGCAGCGCACCCCGCACCUGCUUAUCCGCAGUUCGCCACAGAAGCGGCAGAACAACGGGGCAACCACAAGCGCAGGCACCAAUACAACCACCGUGGGCAAUACCACUAUCAAGAUGGAGAAGUUGGACAUCAAGCCAAUGCUACGUGCCACCGGCGUCUCCCCUUCGACGAGUGCGGGCACAACGACUACACUCCUCACCCCGCAGCAACUGCGUCAGGCGGCCAAUCCGUUGGCCAAUCUGCCCAACAACAUCUCCGUAAAGAUAACCUCUACCAAGGCGAAAGCGGCAGCUGCGGCAGCUGCAACCUCCAGCGGCAAUCAGACUCAGCCGCAGCAGCCGCAAACGGUGCAGGUUCAGCAGACGCCACAGCAGACGCACCCGCCGCUUUUGAUUAACAGCUCCACACCCGUGAUCUUGGCGUCCUCGCCCAGCGCUCAAAGAGCGAAGGCUUUGGCAUUGCCUAGUAGCAGUACCGCCGCCACCACUACCACGACGAUACCGUCGCAAGCCAUAAAGACGAUGCCACUGAGUCAGCUAAAGACGGCCACUAACAGCGGACCAGUGAUCAUAUCGCAGACAAUUAUACAGCCGGCGAAGCGAGCCCAACAACAGGCUGGAACCUCCAGUGCAGCGGCCGCUUCACAACAGCAGCAACAACAACAGUCGCAGCAGCAAUUGUUACAACAGCAAAUCCAGCAGCAGACCCAACAGCAGACACAGUUGCCACAGCACCCUCAGCAGCAACAGACGCAGUACAUUCUAGCCACACCACAGCAGCAACCGCAACAGAUUCAGCAACAACAGCAACAGCCGAUGUUGCCAACGCUCACCUCGUUCUCACACAGUCGUCCUAUGCCGCAGACCACGACGCUUUACCAAGCUACCACUCCCGGCGGAAGCGGUCAGACGCCCACAAAGAUUUUGCUAAAGACGUCGGGCACUUCCAGCGUGGUGAUGACGCCUCUGCGCCAAGCGCAGCCGCAACAGGCAUCCGCUGUGGUGUCGUCGAAUCCUCCGCCUUUGGUGGCCACUUCGGCGGCAGUAGUUUCCCCCGGGCAGACAACCCUGAACAUUCAAAACGUGCAGCUACCCAAUCGACCAGUGACCAUCCAACCAGCCUCCCAAGCCGCCCAGCAGCAGCAUAUGCAGGCCCAGUUGCAGCAGCAACAACCGCAUCCACAGCACACGAUCGUGGCCAAUACGACGGCCACGCAGCAGCCCAAGUUGUCUCAGGUUCUUAUGCAGCCAACAUCAGCAGUUGGCACUAGUGGUGUAUCCGCUCUGAACGUAUCCCCUACGUCCGGGAAGAACAAGACUAUCAUACUCACCCAGAAGGGCGUUAUACUGCGCAACAUUGGCGGCGACAUGUACCAGCAAAUACCCAUUAGCAAUGUGGGCAACAUGCAGGGACUCGGAGGCACCACGCUGAUGACCACCACUGCUGGGCCGCCUAGUCUGGUGAAGACAACACCCUCGACCGGUGUGCAGUUGCAGCAGCAACAGUCUGGAAAGCAGAUCCUGCCUACUCUCAUACCAACCAGCUCGCUUGGUGGACAGCACGUAAUUGUUCAGCAGCAGCAACCCACUAACGUCAUCGGCAAUUCCCAGCAGCAGACCAUCAUUCGGCCCGUGAUGACCAACGUGGGCGGAGGCUUGACCACGCUGCCGCAGGGCCUGACGCUAAUACAACGGCCGGGCCAGCAGCCGCAGCUGGUGCAGGUGCAGGCGGCGCCGGGUAGUACGCAGCGCACGAUUAUUACUCAAUCGAACACGGCGGCGGCGGCGUCGCAACAGCAGCCGCGCCAGCAGCAGCAACCAAUUCUGGUCCAACACAAGCCGGCUCCGACCCUGCAGCAGCGAUUGGUCACCUCCACCACCAGCGGUGGCCAGGGACAGCAGGGAAAUCCGAAUGCGGGGAUUGCGCGCACCGUGCAAGUACAGGUGCAAGCUCAGCAGCAGCAACCACAGCAACAGCAAGCUACGCAAGCGCAGCAGGCUCCACAACGACGUGGACUUUCUCUAUCGAACGAGCACGUGCACAAGGCGCACGAAAUGUUCCGCAAGGCAAAUCGCGUCUCGCGACCUGACAAAGCCCUUAUCCUUGGAUUUAUGGCGGGUCUGCGGGAAAACCCGCGCCCAAAUAACGAAAAUGUGCUGGUCAUCAAGUUGGGCGAAACAGAGGAAAAAGUACAACAGGACAACGGCAACACGGCGCUGUGCCUGGUUGAGUCACACAUCCGGCUGGACUACAACACCGGUGAGUGGAAGACAUUCCAAAACUAUAGGCUGCAGGACCAGAGUGCCGCCUCAUAGUCCACAAGGGUCAUACGCAUAGUUCGCAGCACCAAGUGAGAACGGACAGCCAGGCUGAAGCUAGAUAUGGAUUGUGCGUAUAUGGAUUGUGGAGUAUAGAUUUUGAUUUGUCAUCCGUUCUGCACGGGCUGCUUCGUUGCCGCCCCCAAUUAGGCUAUUAUAAAUUCCCUCUCUCCUUCCCCCACCCUCCCGCAGUCAGCAAAACGCCCUUAGAAAUGCUGCAUAUAAUGAAACUAUUUUAUAAUUAAGGUAAAUUAGCUGUACAGUUGUUUAGUAUGUAGUAAAUGCUAGCGCUUAAACAUUUAGUAACAAGCCCGUUCAUACAUCCAUAAAAACACCCAUUCAUCCAAGCACACAGGCAUAAUCACCUCUGGCUGAACGCUUCACUGGAGAGCAGUUCCAAAGGCGGAUGGGCCAGAAGUGAACGUUUGGACGGAUCACAUAGGCACACACAACAUACGCCACACUCAUGCAUUUUAAAUCUGCAUAUGUAUACCUAGCUUAUGUAAUUGCUGUUGAGUAAAAAGUGUGUAAUUAUCUUACCAAGCAGCAUCAAAUUUAGAGACGCUGGUCGCUGAUCGGCGCUCGUAUUCAUUAGAAAUCCAAUGAAAAUAUAUAGUUAUAGAUAUAUACAAUGUAUGAGUCGCAGCAACCACAGCAAAAUUAACUUAAAUCUUGAAUUGUGUAAUAGACAAACAAUAAAACUAGCAUAUGUAUUUAUGGCUUAA